UGCCAGUCUUUAGUUAUUCUUAGUGACUUAUUAGUUUUAGGAAACCAACAAGUCGGACAGGAGAGUAAGAUACCUUGAAAGCUAUAUAAUGGAACCACGAUCCAACGCAUGUGGCGCGUCAUCAAGUUUCUCAAUCGAUAACAUUCUUAGCGACAAGAGAGAGGAAGAGCCAACUAAUUUUCAAUUUGAGCCUCCGACCAACCCGACUGAGUAUGUUCGGCCGGCAUUUCAGAUGUUUCCUCCAUUUCUUUGUGGCUCUUUGAACACAUGGCCACAUUAUCAGCCCCAUAAUUGCCCACCCUUUGAUAGAUCACGGAAAACAACCGUACUACAGCAGGAGGGCAACACGCGAGAGAGACGAAGAGGUCGAGAUUCAUCCAAGAAGAGGAAACGGACCGCGUUCACGACAACGCAAGUCAAGGAACUCGAGAACGAAUUUCGGAGAAGCAAAUACUUGACCAUCUCUCGUCGAACAGAGCUUUCAAAAUCUCUCAAGCUAACUGAAACUCAAAUAAAGAUCUGGUUUCAAAAUCGCCGUACCAAAUGGAAGAGAAAGAUCGCGGCCGAAAUGGAAUUCAGCAUGCGCACAUCCGGGAACAUGUACGGUUCCCAUCAUCCGGGAAUUCAUCACUGCAAUCAACACUGUCACCCUGGAAAUGGCAUGCCGUAUAACUGUUGUCAAUCAAGUUUUUCACCGGUAUUUUGUCAACCUCAGCUGUCUUACCCGCCAACGCACGGAAACCAUACAGGCUUUUUGACCCGUACACACAGCUAGCGAAUUAGCGGCUGAUCGAGGAUACACUGGAAGAAAUAUCACCUCUUAUAAUUCAUCAAAUAUUUUCGCUCGCGCGCGAUUGGUCUAGAUACGUCACGUGACCGAAUAUUC